GCUUAAUGAUCGCAACCGGCAAAUAUGGCAAAUAUAAAAUCUUUACCCCUUGAAUUGCAAAUAGUGGCCGAAAACGAAUUAGCAGAAAAGCCUAACAGAAUACCCAGCGACCUGCAGGCCUUGAGAACUUGGAUAGAACAGCAACCCCAUUUAAAUGCCCGAUUAGAAGAACAAUUUUUAAUACAAUAUUUAAGAGGCUGUAAAUAUAGUUUGGAAAAGGCCAAAGUGAAAAUUGAUUUAUUUUUCACUUUAAAAUCAAAAUUUCCGGAUUUCUUUAAUGUUACCGAUAUACAUGAAGCUAGAUUUAGGAAAAUGUGGAGUUAUAGUUUGGGUAUCCCUUUACCCCGACCUCUUAACGACCAUGGACCUCGCAUUUGUUUUAUGAAAUUUGAGGAAGAUGUUGCCAAAGGUCUGGUGGAUUUUGAUGAUUUAUAUCGGGUGACAAAUGCCAUGCACGAAAUCUUAAUUAUGGAUGAUCCCUAUGCCGGCAUAAAUGGCAUUAUUUAUGUUAUCGAUUUGAAGAAUAUAACCAUUAAUAUGGCUUCAAAAUAUACCCCAACUUUUCUGCGCAAACUUGUGCAAUUUUAUGAGAAAUCUUUGCCGCUGCGUAUAAAAGGUGCCCAUUUAAUAAAUACCCCGGUAUUUUUCCACAGUGUCAUGAGCAUUGUGCUGCCGCUGUUGUCGGAGAAACUGAGGGAAAGGAUAUCUGUUAAUGGCCAAAACUAUGAUAGUUUAUAUAAAAUAAUACCCAAACAAUAUUUCCCCAGCCACUUGGGCGGCGAGAAUGGUACGAUUGCACAACUUUUUAAGGACUUUGAACAGAAAUGGUUGGAGUAUGAGAAAUAUUUUAAGGAAAAUGCUAACUAUGGCACCAAUGAACUAUUGAGACCUGGUAAACCGCUCGAUUUUGACAGCAUGUUUGGUUUGGGAGGCUCCUUUCGUAAAUUAGAUGUGGAUUGUAAAGUGGACACAAUGACUAAUAUUAGACCUCUAACAAAGGAACUACAACAAAUAGCCUGUGAGGAACUAAAUGAAGUACCCGAAAGAGUGCCACAAGAUCUUAAAGAUUUCAAAGAAUGGCUGGCAAAGCAAACUCAUCUAAAAGCCCGUACAGAUGAGCAGUUUUUAAUAAGUUUCUUAAGAGGCUGUAAGUUUAGUAUGGAAAAGGCUAAAUUGAAAAUUGAUAGAUAUUACACCUUAAAGACCAAAUAUCCCGAUUUUUAUACCAUACAAAAUGUAAAGGAUCCAAGAGUAAAGGAAUUAGUUGAUUUAGGUAGAGUGGGUAUAACCUUGCCCCAUCCCUUGAAUGUUACCGGUCCUCGUAUACUCUAUGUACGCACCGGCCUCUAUCCCACUGAGACAUUUUCUUUUGCCGAUGUUAUGUGCAUUGCCAAUGCUCUGCAGGAGAUUUGCAUGUGGGAGGAUGAUUAUUGUGUGAUUUGUGGUUAUGUGCAAAUUUUAGAUAUGACCGAUUAUAGUGCCGCUCAUAUGCUGCAAAUGACGCCGACAGUUGUCAAGAAAAUGUCCACAUUUGCUGAAGAUGCUGUUCCAUUGCGUCAGAGAGCCAUACAUAUAAUUAAUAUGCCGGUGGGUUUUGAAAAGGUGUUUAAUAUGUUGAAACCAUUGCUGCCGUUGAAGCAGCAAGAAAGGAUGUUCGCACACGGCAGCAAUUUGGCAUCAUUAUACGAACACAUCCCCCAAAAAUAUUUACCCCAAGAAUUGGGUGGUGAAAAUGGUUCGCUAGAUGAAUUAACCCAAGAAAUAACCAGAAAUUUUGCCAAGCAUCAUGAAUAUUUCAUGGAAGAUCUUAAAUAUCGGGUAGAUGAACAACUACGUGUUAACAAAAUUAUAAAUUAUGAUAAUGUAUUUGGUACACAGGGAACAUUUCGUAAAUUAAAUGUAGAUUAAAAAAUUCAUAUAAAAAAAAUUAAAAAUUUUAUUUAACGUUUAAUAUAACAUUGGGAUUACACAGCUUAAAAAUUAAUAAACCCCACCACAUACUUAUGAGUUCUUUUGGGCCAACUUAACAAUAACACUCUUAACUUCGGUGUAGUUUUGCAAAGCAUAUUCACCAUUUUCACGACCAUGGCCGGACAUUUUAUAGCCACCGAAGGGCACCUGGGCGCAAAGGGCAUUGUAGGUAUUAACCCAUACGGUACCGGCUCUCAAGCCUUGCACAACAUAGUUCACCUUAUCGAUAUCCUUGGAGAAUACAGCGGCCGCCAAACCAUAAUCGGAAUUGUUAGCUCUCUCAAUGACCUCAUCCAAUUUCUUGAAACGUAUGAUUUGCUGGACGGGACCAAAGAUUUCCUCACGGGCAAUGGUCAUGUCAUCGUUGACAUCAGCAAAUACAGUGGGCUCCACGAAGUAGCCGGGCAAACCUUGGGGACGAUUGCCGCCAGCCACCAAUUUGGCACCUUGUUUUUUGCCGGUAUUAAUCAAACCCAAAAUCUUUUCCAUUUGUUCUUCAUUUACCUGGGGACCCUGUUCCACAUUCAAAUCGAAGGGAUUGCCCACAGUACGUUUCUUGGCUCUUUCAGCGCUGCGCUCUACAAACUCAUCGUAGAUUUUAUCCUCCACAAAGGUGCGUGAACCAGCACAGCAGCAUUGACCCAUAUUGAAGAACAAACCGAAAUGAGAAGUUUCCACAGCAUAA